GCAACGCCGGUAAACGACGGACCAGACGGACGUGCACUGGCGGUCUGAGCCAGAACAGAUUAGUGAACCGACUACCUCGUUGAAACAACAAUGCCUGAAUCCGACGUUGAGAAAUUCGACGGCAUGCUGCUUGCCUUGGCGCAACAGCACGAAGGUGGCGUGCAGCAUCUCCUAGAGACCAUCUUCAGCUUUCUCGCCAGAAAAACCGAUUUCUACACCGGCGGUGGACCAGGCUCCGCGAAAAAGCUUAUACUCGAGAAGUUUUCUAAGUACGAGUCCAUGGCACUAGCAGAGAAGGCGGAGAAGGAAAAGAAGUCAAAGGAAGCAGAGGAGCGGCGGAAGGCGAAGCUCAAGAAGGACAAAGAAGAGUGCACGGUUCAGGAGAUCAGCGACGCCGAGGCUGAAGCCCUUCAAAAAGAACUGGAAAAGGAAAAGGAAGAGAAAGCAAAGAAGGCUGCUGAGGCACAAAAGGAAGACAAGGAGGAGAAAAAGGGAGAUGAAGAUGAGGACGAAGACGAGAAGGACAAAGGGAAGCUCAAGCCCAAUGCUGGCAAUGGCUGUGACUUGGAGAACUACAGGUGGACUCAGACUCUCUCUGAAAUUGAGCUCAGGGUCCCUAUACCAAGGAAUCUAAAGAUCAAGGCACGAGAUGUUGUCAUUGACUUUGAGAAAAAGCACCUAAAAGUUGGUCUCAAGGGCUUCCCACCCAUCAUUGAUGGGGACCUGUUCAAUGAGAUCAAGUUGGAAGAGUCCUGCUGGAUCCUCGAGGAUUCGAAGACCAUCCUAGUCACAAUGGAAAAAAUUAACAAGAUGGAAUGGUGGACACGUCUGGUGAUGACAGACCCAGAAAUCAACACUAGGAAAGUGAACCCCGAACCAUCCAAGCUCUCGGACCUUGACGGUGAAACGCGAGGGAUGGUGGAGAAAAUGAUGUACGACCAGAGGCAGCGGGAAAUGGGCCUGCCAACAUCUGACGAGCAAAAGAAACAAGAUGUUCUUAAGAAGUUCAUGGAGCAGCAUCCAGAGAUGGACUUCUCCAAGUGCAAGUUUACGUGAUCACUCCAAUCAUUCCUGAAUAGCGCUAUUUCUAUGUAAUAAAAAACAUGUCAAUCGCC